UUUAAACCGUUGUAUCAGUAGCCAGGGGGCGGCCAUGUUUAGGGUUCUUGGGCCUGCAUGGGAAAAAAUAACAACACUGUAUAGACGCGGUAAAUCUUUUCUUCUUAAUUAUUGCCUCAGCUUUAGUCUUUCAGUGUUCGAGUGGAAUUGAACUUGCUGGAAAAGUUCGAUAAUGAGACUACGGUCGAGGAUUAUAUCCCUGGAGAGCCCUUCUCCUCAGCCCAGCACCCCGCGGCGCAGGCGACAGGAUCUCGGUCGAGCACCGCGUUUCGAGCAGCAUCAGUGUAAACCCGAGUCUCAGGAUGUAAAGAUUUUAAAGGACUGCUCCAAUUUGUACAGCGACGCCGUCCCGACUGUAGUGAAGCGUCCGCGCCUAAGACGUGGAAGAAAAAGGGUUGUUCCUCCACAAGAGGUUAAAGAGUCUGACUUCAAGACACCCGUGCAGCAUCUCCGGGAAAAGCAUUACUCAUCAGUGAACCCUGCUGCCCGCAGCCUUUACUCUCCUGUGGUGCGGUUUGUCACACCCACGAAAGACAACGAGAGGACGAGGAGAGGCGCAGUGUUCAGCCCUGAGCAGUGUGUGUUCGGAUACAGUGCCUUCAGCUCGCUGUCAGAAGACGAAGAGAACGACGAGGUGUUCAGUCCAUACACGUUCAUCAAAAACAUCCCAAACCUGUCACCGCAGUCCCGAGCAGUUUCUACUCUUCGAGACAUACCACCAAAGACGAGAAGCACACCUGCAGCCACCAUGGUGCUCGAUUUGGAUGAAACCCUGGUGUUCAGCUCCCUGAACAGGAUCGAGGAUGCAGAAUACACGUUUAACACGGCCUUUCAAGACCAGGAGUACAAGGUCUAUGUGAUUCUCAGGCCAUAUGUGAAGGAGUUUCUACAAGCCAUGGUGAAACAUUUCGAGAUGUUUAUUUACACGUCUGCUAAAAAGGAAUAUGCAGAAAUGAUCGUGGACAUAUUGGACCCAAGAAAAAAGCUAUUCAGACAUCGACUGUAUCAGGAGGACUGUGCGUGCGUGCUUGGACACUAUAUUAAGGACUUGGAGGUGCUGGAAAGAGAUCUUUCCAAAACAGUGAUUCUGGACAACGCACCUCACACUUUCCCGUAUCACCUAAUGAACACGAUGGCCAUAAAGAGCUGGUGUGGGGACAAAGAGGACAAAGAGCUCCAGAGACUCAUACCUUCCUUGGAGAAGCUCAUCCAAGCUAAGGACUUCAGGACGGUGCUCAAGAGGAGGACGGAUCAUUUUCACAGCCUGCUCACUGAAGACUAAAAUCCCAUAUUUUUGUAUAUAAAUUCCUGUACAUAAUAGUACUUUGGCUGUAAUAUAGAUUGAAUCAUAUUACAAUUGAAUUGCAGUUUUCACUAAAUAUAAAGGAGCUCCAGCCUUGUUUGGAGUGAUGGCUUUAAUUGUUCUGCUUUUUUUUUUUCCUUUUUAAUUUAUUGUGUUUAUGCUAAUUUAUUAUUGCUGCUUUUGACGCGACACUUUAAAAUGGAUGGUGUGUAAUUGUCACAGUUGUGCACUUAUACACACUUGUAUAAAAUGUCCUGGAUUUUGCUACCUGAUUAAAUUCCUUCAAAAACAAUAAAAUUUGUUUGUUUGAAAAACA